AUAAGUCUCGAUCGAUCGAUGCGCGCAGAUGGCACCAGCAAUGGCAGAAGCAGCAGCGUCGUCCAGGUCCAGGUCCCAUCUGGAUCUGGUGGUGCUAAUGCUGGUGCUGCUGGUGGGUGGCGGCGAGGCGCUGAGCCUGGACUACUACACCAAGAGCUGCCCCAAGGCGGAGGCGGCGGUGGCGGCGGCGGUGAAGCAGGCCAUGGCCAAAGACCGGACGGUGCCGGCCGGGCUGCUCCGCCUGCAUUUCCACGACUGCUUCGUCAGGGGGUGCGACGGUUCCGUUCUGUUGGACUCGUCGGGCAACAUCUCGGCGGAGAAGGACGGCCCGCCCAACGCGUCGCUGCACGCCUUCUACGUUAUCGACAAUGCCAAGGCCGCCGUCGAGGCCCUCUGCCCCGGCGUCGUCUCCUGCGCUGACAUCCUCGCGCUCGCCGCCAGGGACGCCGUCGCCUUGUCCGGUGGGCCGUCGUGGGUGGUGCCGGUGGGUCGUCGGGACGGUCGUGUGUCGCUGGCGAGCGAGACGACGACGGCGCUACCAGGGCCGACGGCGAGCUUCGACCAGCUGAAGCAGGCGUUCCACGGCCGCGGGCUGUCGACCAAGGACCUGGUGGUGCUCUCGGGGGGGCACACGCUUGGCUUCGCCCACUGCUCCUCCUUCCAGAACCGCAUCCAGCAGCAGGGCGUCGACCCGGCGCUGCACCCCUCCUUCGCCGCCACCCUCCGCCGGUCCUGCCCACCCAACAACACGGCCAGGGCGGCGGGCUCAGCGCUGGACCCCACGUCCUCCUCCUUCGACAACACCUACUACCGGAUGCUGCUCACCGGACGGGGCCUUCUCUCCUCCGACGAGGCCCUGCUCACGCACCCCAAGACGCGCGCCCAGAUAUCUCUCUACGCCGCGUCGCAGCCCGCCUUCUUCCGGGACUUCGUCGACUCCAUGCUCAGGAUGAGCGGUCUCAACAACGUCGCCGGCGAAGUCCGAGCUAACUGCAGACGUGUCAACUAGCUAGCUUAAUUAAUUACGUACAAUAUGCUACUGCCACUACGUCAGUAUCGAUCUAUCCAUGCAUGCAUCACAUCGCGCUUGUCUCAACAAGACAACAACAAUACAUUCAUGUUGGUAGCAUCAUAUGUCAAUUUUAAUAGCUUAUCCAUGGCAACCAGAGAGCUGAGUCCCCGGUUAAUUAUACUCACUCAUGGGUUUGGUUGCGCUAUUGCUCGGACCGCACACGUAUGCACUAUUUAC